UGGAACUCGAUCAGUUGUUCGGGGGAGUUCUGUAGCCGAGGAUCACGAUGAGGCAGUCCAUAGCGUACAUAGUCGCCCUGCUGAUUGCCCUGGAGUGCUUAACCCCUGGCGACACGGCACCCAUCGGUGAGCAUCCGGAUCAUGCCGGUUGCAUACGGAUAACGAUCAUCAAGCGACCUUUGACCACCACAACGACGACAACCACAACCACCACGACCACCACAACCAGAGCCCCAACUACAGUGGCCACUGGUUAGGAGCGGAAGUUUCCAAGUUAACUAUAAAUUUUGUUGACAUUAAAUAACUACCUAUGCCAACAUUCAUUCAAGUAACUAGCAAUUAAAGUGUACUUAACCUAUAGUUAAGUACAGGAUAAAAGAAAGUAUCUAUGAUUACCUUUUUCCUUUCCUUAACUACUGAUAAAUUUUGUUGACCUUCAAUAACUACCUAUGCCAAUAUUCAUUCAAGUAACUAGCAGUUAAUGUGUACUUAACCUAUAGUUAAGUACAGGAUAAAAGAAAGUAUCUAUGAUUACCUUUUUUUUCCUUAACUACUGAUGAUAUGACUAACAAUUAAUAAAACUUAAAAUUCUAACAGUAUA